UUACUUUAAUUAAUAAUUAUGCGUCACGUGGGGAACGUUUUCGGAUAAUGAGCGGGAAACCAGCGUAGUGAACAAACAGUCUCUCCCCUGUUGGAGGUCGCUCGGUCCGGUUGGACUCACACAGACUGUCCGGGUGAGGAGGAGAAGCAGCCGGAUCGAUAGUACCCACUUUGUUCAGUCUCUGCGGCAGGUGUCUCCUCCUGAGGCUUUUCCCGCUUCACCAUUUCCCACUUCACCUGUCGUGGAAACAUGCUGCGCGUGAGGGCGGCCGCGUGCCAGUCUUGGAGGGGGUUGAGAACGUUCCCGUGUGCGGCCGUGGAGGUGAAGAACGAGCCGAUCCUGGGCUUCAAAGAGGGCAGUGCAGAGAGAGCAGAGCUGCUGAAGGCGUUGGACGGUCUGAAGGGGACAACGGAGGAGAUCCCGUGCGUGGUCGGAGACGAACAUGUGUGGACCAAAGACGUCAGAUAUCAGUUAUCUCCGUUCAACCACUCACACAAAGUGGCGAAGUUCUGUUACGCAGACGAGGCGCUCAUCAACAAAGCUAUCCUGGCGUCUGUGGCGGCGAGGAAAGAGUGGGACCUGAAGCCCGUCCAGGACCGAGCCCAGAUCCUCUUCAAGGCAGCCGACGUCAUCAGUGGACCCAAGAGGGCGGAAAUCCUCGCCAAGACCAUGAUCGGACAGGGUAAGACGGUGGUCCAGGCUGAAAUCGACGCCGCUGCAGAGCUGAUCGACUUCUUCAGAUUUAACGCCAAACACGCCGUGGAGCUGGAGAAAACUCAGCCGUUAGACGCCGACGGGAGCACGAACACGAUGUUAUAUCGAGGUCUGGAGGGCUUCGUGGCGGCCGUCGCUCCUUUCAACUUCACCGCUAUCGGUGGAAACCUGGCAGGUACCCCGGCUCUGAUGGGAAACGUGGUUCUGUGGAAGCCCAGCGACACCGCCAUGUCUGCCAGCUACGCCGUCUACAAAGUCCUGAGGGAGUCCGGUCUGCCUCCAAACAUCGUCCAGUUUCUACCAGCUGAUGGUCCCGUGUUCGGAGACGCCGUCACCUCCUCUCAGCACCUCGCCGGCAUCAACUUCACCGGCAGCGUCCCGACGUUCAAGCGUCUUUGGAAGCAGGUGGCACAGAACCUGGACACGUACAAGAACUUCCCUCGACUGGCUGGAGAGUGCGGCGGGAAGAACUUCCACUUUGUCCACAAGUCGGCGGACGUAGAGAGCGUGGUGAAGGGGACGAUCCGCUCGGCGUUUGAGUACGGUGGUCAGAAGUGUUCCGCCUGCUCCAGGAUGUACGUAGCUGACAGCGUGUGGCCGCAGAUCAAACAGCAGCUGCUCGCCAUCCACAAGAACAUCACAGUGGGAGACCCUGUGGAGGACUUCAGCACCUUUUUCUCGGCUGUGAUCGACGAGAAGUCAUUCGCUCGCAAUAAGAGAUGGCUCGACCUCGCCAAGUCCUCCCCUAACCUAAAAGUCAUCGCUGGCGGUAACUGUGACGACAGUAAGGGUUACUUUGUGGAGCCGACCAUCAUCGAGACCACGGACCCGCAGGAAGCCAUCAUGCACGAGGAGAUCUUCGGGCCGGUCCUGUCGGUUUACGUUUAUCCUGAGAACAAAUACAAAGAGGUGCUGCACCUGAUCGACAACACGUCGCCGUACGCCCUGACGGGAGCCGUGUUCGCUCAGGACCAGACCGUGAUCGACGAGGCAGCUAAAGUGCUCAGAAACGCUGCUGGGAACUACUACGUCAACGAUAAAUCCACCGGCUCCAUCGUGGCUCAGCAGCCAUUUGGGGGCGCCAGAGCAUCAGGAACCAACGACAAACCCGGCGGUCCUCACUACGUCCUCAGGUGGACGUCUCCACAGGUGGUGAAGCAGACCCACGUCCCCCUCACAGACUGGAAGUACCCCUACAUGGGCUGAGAGAGAGAGAGAGAGAGAGAGAGAGAGAGAGAGAGAGAGAGAGAGAGAGAGAGAGAGAGAGAGAGAGAGUCCGGUCCUGCAGCCAAUCAGAGCCCGUCCCAUCCCCGUCCCCCUGUCCAUCCUCCCUGCCCCCCCCCCGCCUGCGUUUGCACUGAACCUGGACGAAUGUAUAUGAGUGAUGAGAGCGUCUUCCAUGCUUCCUGAGCGUCCUGAAUUCUUAAUCACUGAAACUUAUCACAGCCAUUUUAGAAUCCUAAUAAUCAAAGUUUUAGUUUAAUAAUACGAUUUAAACUCAGAAGAUUAAUUAUAGAAACACUUUCUCUGUUAGAUUGUUUCAAAGCUGUACGGAAGCCCUGAGCGGACAAACGUCGAAACAUUUGACUUCCUCUGUUUACGAGUAAUUUAAGGUCGUUUAAUUUGUAUCGUCUUCUACGAGCUGCAGCACGAUAGGCGACCGCUAAGGUCAAAGUUCAAGAAGUCACUUUAAUCCGACAUCGUUCAGCUUUUACUGUUAAAAAAAACAACAGACAUCGUACCGUCUGAAAACUCCUCAGGUUGAUGUUUGUCCUCUCCGCGCUUCCUUACAGAUCCUUUAAUGAAACGUGUUUAAGGUCAAUUUUGAGUGUACCGUCCCUUUAAAUAAUAAUAAUGUUAGUUAGUUUAACCACGAGAAGAAUCUCUAACGUCGUGAAUCGAUGUAAAUAACAGUCGGGUUGUUUACUCCUCGUGCUGUCUUCGUCUUUUCUGCUGUGACAGACAAAAAGCCUUUAUUAGACUCCUCCCCCUCUGGCUCCGCUGAUCCCGUCUCGCCGCUGUAACGCCUCUGUUACGACCUCUGAACACGGUACAGAGGGGGGUGUCACUUCAUCCAUCCAUUAUGCAUUCAGAUGGAAGGUGAGACGUCACGGGGGCGUUGACACGGCGGACUUGAAACGGCGGUCUGAACAGGGCUACACGCUGCACUGUAACGCCAUGGCGAGCUGUGAAACCGACCUGAUCACUGGACGCAGAGGACCUCAUGAUGUUUUUAAAGUCAUCUUUUAUCCGACUCGUCUGUUUUGUAUUUUUAAAUCUUGAGCUGAACCAGCCUGCCUUAGAGACUCUGCAGAUCAAGGAGGUUAAUCUUUCAAUAAAUAUUAAAUUAUUUUAAUCUAAA